ACUAGCAGUCAGCGAAGUCUCCGUUAUCCACAAAUUGCCUCGCCUUGUGUUCCAUGAUUACAGGGUCAUCUCUAGCAUGCUUAGUAUCUCCCUGGCCUACGGUUCGCACGGUACUUCCAGCGGUGGAAAAUGAGGGCGGUCCUUCAGCUACUGAGAACUCCACCUUCUUCCAAUACCUCCCUCGUCUCCACCUCCCCAAUAUCCCUACUCCCAACUUCUCGAUUCCUCAGCCACAUUUCCUCCCAACCAUCUCUCGUUUCUGUACCCAAUUCGCACCUUAACACCACCAUCCCCCUCUUGUCCAAAACUUCCACAAGCAGAAGCACUACUUCUGUCCCUUUCUUUGACAGGAAGACGAGGGGAGGAGCGACGAUGGCAGCGCCUGAUUCUGUGAACAAGACAGAGGAGGAAUGGAUGGCCAUUCUUUCUCCUGAGCAAUUCAGAAUCCUGAGGCAAAAGGGGACAGAGUAUCCUGGCACUGGCGAAUAUGACAAGUUCUUUGAAGAUGGAAUAUACAACUGCGCAGGUUGUGGGACUCCACUUUAUAAGUCAACUACGAAGUUCAACUCUGGCUGCGGUUGGCCAGCAUUUUAUGAGGGACUUCCGGGAGCUAUACACCGCAGUCCUGAUCCUGAUGGAAGGAGGGUCGAGAUCACCUGUGCAGCCUGUGGUGGACACUUAGGCCAUGUGUUCAAAGGUGAGGGCUUCCCAACUCCUACCAAUGAACGUCACUGUGUCAAUAGCAUCUCUAUCAAGUUUGUACCAGCUUCCUAGAAAAUUUCUGUUUAGUCCAUGACUCAUGUACACAACAGCUCAACAACUUUCUAAGACAAUAAUAUGACUCCUUACAACAUUAUACACAGUGUGAUGGUGAUCUGUUACAAUACAAGUUUGUGACGCAUUGCUGUUA